AAUCUACGAGUGAAGAUGUAGAGCAUAAUGUGAACCAGAAGAUUGGUGAGCAACUUUAUUAUUUGUCAGUCUUUAACUUGUGAUACAUUUGCGGUUAGCGAUACAACUGCAUGUUUUACUAUUGCCACAUGUAGUGGAUGCAGUGUGUUUAGACAGGGGAGCUGUGUGUGUUUGUAUGGUGGAUGCAGGGUGUGUUUGUGUAGUGUGUGUAUGUAUAGUGGAUGCAGUGUGUGUAGUGUUCGUAUAGGGAAUGUAGUGUGUAUGCAGUGGGUUUUUGUAGUGUGUCUGUUUCUGAAGGGUUGUAAUUUGUGUAAAAUGCAUGUACUGAGCAGUGGGGGCCUGCAGCAAGCGCUUACUUACCUUCCCAGCAGCUCCCUUCAGCUCCCUUGUGUAAAUCUCGUGGACUGCGUGCUGUGCGGAGUGUUGCUAUGAUGGCCGCGGGACUUGCGAGAUUUACACAGAGGAGCUGACGGGAGCUUCUGGGAGGUAAGUAAGCGCUUGCUGCGGCCCCCCCGGACCACCGGGGUCAUAACAAGUAUGUAUUAUCGGCAAUAUCGGUAUCUCUAUUUCGAUAAUCGGUCGAUCCCUAGAUUACACUGUGAUUGAUGCUGGGCAGCUGGCAAUGCCAGUCAAUAGUUUAAACGGGCUGAGGACAAGCCUGGGAACCCUUCCUGGGUCUAUUCAGACCCUAGAGGUCUUCCUGAAGCAGCCUGUAGCCCAGAAACACUGAGGCUGAGCUCAAUCGCUCAGCUGUGGUGAAAUCAAUGUAUUUAAAGGCCUCUAAGCAGCUAUGACAUCCUGUGUCGCAUGAAGCUCCUCGAUCAGUCUGGGGUCACUAAAAAUGGUUUCAUAUGACAGAGGUAUCCAAUGAUACCAGAGUCCUGUGAAUAGGGAUUUACCUUGCUCUCACCUUGAUCGCUUUAAAGAGCUACAUGCAUUGUUGACGAGUAGUGCAUGCAGUUCAUCAAAAAAGACCGGAGCCAAAAUUUUGAAUUAUUAUUUCCAGUGAGUAUCCUGCUACAUUUUGCCUAAAGAGGACCUGGAUCAGUUUGGACUGUACACAAUAAAAAAUAUACAUGUAAUUACGUAAUAAAUUAAUUUAAUCUUUAUGCUUAGAGUCCAUGAAGCCUCUUUUUUUUUUUUUUUGGGUGCUAGUGUGAUUUGGUAAUGUGUAAAAUUGACUUUCUUAUCUGAUUCACAUUCUUCUUCUAUGUGGCUAUUGAUUGACUUAAGAAAACAGAGGAAGAGUGCAUAUGAUAUAAAAUUGUAAGCUCUUGCAUAGUACCUUGCAAGAAGCUGAAUCCCACUAGCAUAACUCUCUUCUUUUUUUUUUUUUUAUCAGUGUGUCUUGCUACAUAACCCAUUUUGGUAUAAUUAAAUAGUCUCUUUGCAUAAAUUGGAAAGCACCGUGGAUAAAAACAUUAAAAAAACACUGUCGUGUAGAUUUAGUAUGGCAUCACUGACUGCAAUAGUUUCUCAUGUAAUUGUUUAAAUUCUACAAUGUUUAGUCCGAUUAGGUCAUUGGUGCUUAAUACAAAUUGUGUCUCUUGUAAUUUCCUUUUGCCUUUUCUUGACCGCCUUUUUUUCAUCUUUUUCCUUUAAUUUCCUUCAUUUGUUUAGUUCUACCUUCACAUACUCCCAAUGUACGCCGCUCAAGAAGAACAAAAGUUAAACCUUUGCAAUACUGGAGAGGGGAACGUGCAAAUUAUCUGUCUCGGCAAUCAGGUGAGAUAUUCCCUUUUUAAUUAUCUAUAUAGAAUUUACAUGUAACAUCUAGAAUUUGUAUUUUUUUUAAAAACAAUUUCUUGAUAUAGAUAUAGAGAUAUAAAUAAAUAAAUAUAUAUUGUUUUAUUUAUUUUUUUAUAAAAAAAAAAAACAAAAACAAAAAAACGGUAAAUGCCUGAUAGCACCUUAUUAGAGAAAAGGAAGGAAAGAAUGUAUCACAAUUUGUGACACAAAAUAAGUCUAUGGAAGAUACUUCAAGAUCUUCCACAGAGGUCUUUGUGCAUGCCAUAGUCAUCCAUUGCACAAUGUGAAGUUGCCUUUUCUCUAUUGGACUUUUUGACUUAAAAGAACAACAACUUUACUGCACUGGCACUUGCUUGCAUCUCCUGUAUUUUUUUUUUUUUUUUUCACAUUGUACUGUGAAAGACUAGAGGUUUUCUUAGGAAAGAGCUCCAGCAGAAAUUAAUUUCACAUGCCCAACAUAAUAUGUAGUACUUUCUGGUGUGUCUUUUGAUGCAAUUCCAAGGAAAUAUCUGGUGUUUAGAUGUGUUUUUUUUUUUUUGGAUUAAUUCUAAGAAACUUGGCUCCUCUUGUUCAGGAAUUUCAGGGCAAAUAAAAUGUUUCUUGUAGGUAAUUAGGAACGCAGGAAAGUAUACUUUUAAUGUCUGAUGCAUAUGUAGAUUUAUAUAAUGAGUGCACCCUAGUUUUGUGGCCAGGGUGUGAGUUAGAAGUUUGCAGAAUAACCUUGGUGGAAUUUGUCUUUUUUUUUUUUUUUUUGUUCUUCAAUGAACAAGUCUUGAAGGAGGUAAAGGUUUGACAAACUGGAAGCACAAUGAGAAUUUCUGAAGGUAAUUUUCUUUGUGCCUAUUCACUGCUGUGCACUGCAUAAUGGAUAAUAAUGUGAAGAAACUGCAUUAUCGGCGCACCAAAUACAGGAUGAACUGUAUUCAUUGAAUGGAGUACUAUGUAGACAUAGUCCAGACAAUGUCCAGAAAUGUUGUGCAUUACGUUAUAGCAGCUGAUUUUAUGUAAUCCUGCUUGUUUAAUUUUAUUAUAUAUUUUUUAUUUAACAAAAUGUAAUUCUAUAAUAGGUGGCUUUGUGAUUGAUGGCAUCAUACCAGCUCAAGACAAAGAAGAUAGAAAAAAACCUGCUAAUAAAAAACAAAAUAAGAACAAAGGUAAAGUAGGUAUAUAGAAUUUAUUUAUUUUAACAAAACAUGAAAAGGGCACUCUACGACUCUGCAAUAAAAUUUCUUUCCUAGGUGUUAAAAUCCAGCCAAAAAACAAAACAAAAAAAACCCCAUAAAGAUGUAUUUUUAUAAUGUAAAAUAAAAUACAAUCAAAGAUCAACCAAAGUGAGCAGCCAACAUCUGGCAGAUACAAAUUUAAAUUUAGAGAAAAAGAUCCAAAUCACAGAAGGGCAGAGCAUACAGCAUACUAUAAUCAGAAAUCAACAAAAUAGCAUAAUAGGGCAUCCGUGUUUUCAACGUUUUGCAAUCUGUUAUAACAUCUAAGUGUGCUGAGUCACUACAAACCAUUGCUACAUCAUGUAGAAUAGUGAGAAUUAUUUCUGUACUCCCACUGUAGUGAGCACGGGGUGUAUCGAGGGAGGAUCAGGCAGUUAUAUAAUCAUAACUCGCGAAUAUCGUCCAAUGUAUCUUCCAAUAUAAAAAGAGAAAUACUUUAAACAAACUUUUUUUUUUAGAAAUUAGAUUGACCUAUACAAAUCUCCACAUUGAGUCCUCAAUAUUGUGCUCAAAAACAAGUUUAUCAAAAAGCACAGACAUUCUAAUGUUUUGACAAAGAACAUGACAAAGGGCUAAUACAAUUAAAUUCUUUUGGGGGUACUGUCUAGUGUAUAGAUCCAAAAUGCUUCCCUGCACAGGAGUUCAUUGUCCCCGUCACCCCUUCUGUGGUGAAUGGGAUUAUGGAAAUCCCCAUAAACGUAAGUGAUGCAAGCAGCUGAUCUGCCCUCAAAAAAUGUCUCACCACCGGUGGUGUCUUAGCAUAGAAGGUUGCAUAAUGGAUCGACGAUAUGAUUGCAGAAUCUCUCCCUCAAAUCAUGCUUAGUCAUGCCAAAGUAGGCAAGUACAUGUGGGCACAUAAUCUUAUUAAUUACAUUUUCUGUCUGACUUGAGAUGCAGUGUUUCAUUUGUUACUGUUUGCCAGAGUGGGGACGGUAGAAAACUUUGACCGGGUUUAUGUAACUACAUGUUGUGCACAGGUACCUGUAGCAACCAACAUUGGUCUGAGAGGAUCCAGAACCCUGAAUAUUAAGUUAACCAUUAUGAACAAGUCUAUCACUACAUUUAAAGCAGCUGAUUUUAUGAAACCAUCUUGUUUAGUUUUAUUUUAUAUAUAUAUAUUUUUUUUUAUUUAACAAAAUGUAAUUCUAUAAUAGGUGGCUUGAUGAUUGAUGGCGUCAAACCAGCUCAAGAUAAAGAAAAGAGAAAAAAAACUGCUAACAAAAAGCAAAAUAAUAACAAAGGUGAAGAAGGUUUCUUUAUUUUUCUUCCCUUAACUUUUAUUUAACUUACCAAAGUGAAUUAUUAUGACAAUAUAUGUUCUCAAUGCAAGUAAUAUUAAUCUGUAAGUGUACAGUGUAUUUUUUUUUUUUUAAAUGUAAACAUUUUUUUUUGAAUGUAAAAUACAACACAUAUGUCAAGCACAGUCUCAGCCACAGGAAAGUUGUCAUGGAAUAGAUACAGCAUCAAGAUUGUACAUUAAGCAUUCACAUUCACUUUUUUGCAGUUAACAAUAAAACAGAAGUAUAACAAAACACAAAUAAAAUAUAUCAAGUGUAAUAUAUCUAUGGAGAAUUUUCAGCCAGUUUAGGUGUAGCGAAGUUCAGCAGGAUCUCAAUUAAAUUUUUUUUUUUUUUUUAAAGACAUCUUACCUUGAUUAUUAAAGCAACAUCUGCAUUCAACCUUGGUCAUUUGGUCACUUAAACAAUUAUUAUUAAUUAGAAAAGCAAUAAUAAGGAAAGGGGUAUCUCUGCAGCUCUUGAACAUUGACUUUAAUGUCAGGCCAUUAUGAUAAGAAGGAAUACCCUGGAAAUAUUAUGACCAAAUACAGUGCCAUCCAAAGGGUUAGUGACAAUUCCCUGUGGUGGGAAAUGGGUUAGGUACUCAGUAUUGAGAUGCGGCCCAUAGACUUUACCCGGCUUAGCUCUAGUACAAAAUCAGUGUAGGUUUAACUAUAUACAAGCACCGCACCAUUGAACCCCUCACUGCCCCAAAAGAAUAACAAACCGAGUUAUAGUAGAGUAGCAUUGGAUAGAGUACUCAAAGGAUCCCACCCUGCCACCAUCUCAGCCGAGAACCAAGCCAUGUAUUUCGGCGUUGCUCUUAUUUUUGAUUGAAAGGAGGUAUCCAGGGUGGGAAGUACCCGGUUGGUUCCAGACCUGAAGAGUGGUCUUGCGGCCCACUGCUGCUAUGAUCCUGGAGAAACGUUUAUGAAGCACGGGGUUGCCAGGAAUGGGUCCUAACAAAAGGAAACUGUGAUUUAGUGGCAAAGGCAUCAUAUUGUUAUUCGUUAAGUAUUGGGCAACCUCCCUCCAGAUGCUCUGAAUCAGGGAGCACUCCCACAGACAGUAUUACAGGUCCGCAUUGGUAUGGGUGCAUUUGAAACAGGUGGAGGAGUAUUUCCUUGCCAUCUGAUGAAGUCUAUGCAGGGUAAAAUGAGUAGUGUGUGGUUAUCAGGAACAUGUCUCGAUAAGAAACCACGGGGAGCAGUUGACUCUGUGUGUAAUGUGCGUUUAGGAUGUAUUCAAGUGGAAUGUCAGGGAAGUGGGUCUUCCACUUCACCAGACCCGUUCGUAGUGUGUUCCAGUCAGGUUUGUAUCGCUAAAGGGUAGAAAUGGAGUAAAAUGCAGGUUUUUUUGGUGCAUCACAGAUAAUCCAGAGAAUUACUCCAAUCUGAAACCACGAGGCGCCGACUUAUAUUGCAAUAGUAGUGUCGUACUUGAAAGUAUGCAAACCAGGGUAUGGGAAGGCCCGGGAUGCGUUCUCUCUGGCAACCUAUGGUAAGAAAUGUUGUGUUAAAAUCUACGAAGGAACUCAAUGACACGAUACCAUACCUUGACUAUGUAGGGAAUGGGUAUGUUUUGGAUCCACUCUGGAACUCAAGAUUCCAGAGCAAGGGUAAAUGUAGAGAAGAUUGUGGGCUCGCCCCUAAUUUGUCGCGAGACAGUUUCCAAGCCUUAAUAGGGAUGGCCACUAGGGGGUUGGAAAGAAUGUUGUCUGGGAGUAGAUUAUGUGGUUUGUAUAGGAGGGCCAGAAGGGAAUCCGGCAGCGCCAGAAAGGAGUCCAAGGCCAGGUCUAAGUAUCUAGAUUGCAAUCCAGUCAAGCGCAUGCCGAAGCUGAGCGCUCAAACUAUACUCUUUGGCAUUAGGAAGAUUAAGUCCUCCAGUGGAUGUGAUGUGAUAAAGUUUAGUUAAGCUCAGCCUGGCCCCGCCCCUGCCAAAGAAAGUGCCUCAGCUUUUUGUUCAAAAGACAUUCAUUUUUUUUGGAGAGUAAGACUUGGGAGCACCUGAAGCGGAUACAGCAGCUUUGGGAAAUAAAUCGAUUUAUAGAGAUUGGCUCGUCCUAUUUAUGAUAGUUGUAGUUUGUGCUAAUUUUCCAAUUCAGUAAAAAAUAGAGGAAAAGGAUAGGUGGAAUAUUCAGUUUAUUCAAAAGGGCAAUGUUUCUUGGGAUCUUAAUUCCCACAUAUUGUAGGGCUGUUGGUUGCCACUUCAGUGGCACAUUCCCAGACAGCUAAGUGGGUGGUCCCCUUCCAAGAUGUACCGCACUGGAUUUAGUCCAGUUAACUUUAAGUCCCAGCAUGGCAUAAAACUUCUCAAGUAGGUCAAGAAGGGGUGGUAUCGAAGAUCCUAAAUACUUAUUAGGUUUUAUAAUUAGUGUUUAUUAGAGAUAUUUGGUGUAAAUGUGGGCACAGAGUAGGUGGUUUACUAUGUUUGUGAAGAGUUGUAAUCAUUUGGAAAGACUCCUAUAUUCACAUGUGCAUUAAAACUCUGUAAAACAAUAUAUACGCAAAAUGUUAGAAUGUAUAAUUUGUUUUAUAAUGAUAUGCCAUAAGGCCAUCUGGUGAAGGAGAAUUGUGAAGUUUAGUAGAUGUAAUUGCUUUGAGUACCUCAUCAGCUGAGAUUAAAAUUACUAUAGACUUCACCACACCUGCAGGCAGUGAUGGCAAAUCUACUGAAUUAUUUUUUUAAAUAAUUCACGAACCCCUCAGGAUUAGGUUGAAUUGUUUCCCAAAAAUUAUAUAGGUUACAGAAAUGUCCAUAAAGGGUAACAAUUGGAUCACUGAUGGUCUGAGGGCUUUCAUAUUUUUUUCCUUUUAUCUUGUUAACAAAAAGGGAUGGCACUCGAGGACAAUUUUUUCAUUAGCUUACUUGCAAGUAGUGUUUCACCCUUAUUACAUGUUACAGUAGAAAUCAGACUUUAAGUUCAUCACUCAAAAUGCUGUCUUUUCCAGUUGAAGUUUAUUUAGAUCUUCCCUUAUAACUCCUAUCCUGAUUCAAAUUGCCUCUGUGGAAUGCUGUCUGUCUUUAGUUUGCAUCAAAGGAUUCUGCUUGCAGCAUUAUAUAUGUGGUUUGUAUAUGUGUCUAAGUGUUAAUCUUUUUCAGUACCUCAAAAAUUUAAUCACUUUGAUUUUUUUUUUUUCUAUGUAAAAAUGCCAUGGUUCCUGUUCUCCUCUCUCCUUAUACUAACAUAUGUUUCUCUGGUGUUAGGGGUCCCAUUGUUGCUUUUUUAUGUCAUGUUAUGCCUCAUUUUGUGGGAAAUUAAAUGAGGCAUACCAUGACAUGGUAUCACACUCUACAAAGUUUUUAUUUUUUUACUGUGUGAAUUUUGGCCCCUUCAUGUAGAAGUACAUUUGUGAGUUCAAGCACUGAUGUUGGACGUGAAGGGAUUGGCUUUCAAUAUCAGUUGCAGUUCCUCCUAAAGGUGUUCGAUGGGGUUGAGGUCAGAGUUUUGUGCGGGUUCCCCCUUGCUGUGACUCUACAGUCUGCAUGAAAAAAGAUGGUUUUAAUUUUUAAUCCGAUGUUAACAUACUUUCAAAGUUUUUAUCUCCGGCUCUAUAAAUUUAAGUUUACUCAUACACUGGAGUCACCUGCAGGGCUAGAAGGCUAUUAACCAAGCCAGAGAUAAGAAAAUGUAUAUAUUAAACGUGUAAUAAAUGAAGUUUAAGCAUUAGAUAUCUCUCUCUACAGAAAGUGUUUAUAACAGCUGUACAAGUCACUUGCAGGUGUGACUAAGGCUGCAUAAACAAAGUUAUUUAACUCCUAAAUUGGAGAGAAUUGAGUAGUGAGAUGUCAGGGGCGUGAUCUGUACACCAAAACUGAUUCAUUAAGCUAAAGUUAUUCUGCUGCCAAUAGUGUCCCUUUAAGUUAAAAACUUUUUCUGGGCAAUAUUUAUGUUCUGUUAUGGGCACAAUAUGCAAAGAAGUAAGCACUCAAUCUUGGUUUCCUGUAUAUCUAUGAAAGCUCUGAGCUCUGCACCUUACAUUCCAUAUCGAGAUAUUUGUAAUGUACCCAGCUGUUUUUGGAAUAAAUUGUGAUGUAGUUUUCUAAAUCUUUAAACCAUCACAUGGGCGAAUACUGGUGGUUUGCAAGGUUUUAUUCACUGGUUUAAAUUCAAGAGAAGUAACGACUCUCUGAUCAACUUAAUGACUCUGUAUAUCCUAUUUUGUAAAAUUAUAGCUUUUUAAAGAUACUUUUGUUUGUAUUGUGCAAUUUAUGCUAGCAUAUAGGUUUUUAAAAGGACACUAUAGUCACCAGAACAACUACAGCUUAAUGAAUUUGUUCUGGUGAGUUGAAUCAUUACCUUCAGGCUUUUUGCUGUAAACACUGUCUUUUCAGAGAAAAUGCAGUGUUUACAUUACAGCCUAGUGAUAACUUUCGCUGGCCACUCCUCAUAUGGCUGUUAGAGAUCCUUCCUCGGUCAUGGCUACCUAAAAUGCAUUCAAACAUUCAGUGUCUCCUCCUUCUGCAUGCAGACACUGAACUUUCCUCAUAGAGAUUCAUUGAUUCAGUUCAUCGCUAUGAGGAGGUGCUGAUUGGCCAGGACUGUGUUUAAAUUGUGCUGGUUCUGCCCCUGAUCUGCCUCCUUGUCAGUCUCAGCCAAUCCUAUGGAGAAGCAUUGUGAUUGGAUCAGGCUACCACUUCUGAUGAUGUCAGCAGACAGCUUGUUUUUCUGAGGCAAACAGCACACAGAGCUACAGCUUCAGGCUUGAAUACAAGUAAGAUUUUGCUAUGUUUAUGGAGGCACGAGGGGUCUGGAUGGUGGUUUUAACACAUGUUUGUGUUCCUGACCCUAUAGUGUUCCUUAAAAAAAAAUUUUUUUUUUACCACUCUAAUUUUCUUUUCUCUCCCAAAAUAAAGAAUCCUUUUUCUUUACUUCAUUUGCAUUCCCUUCUUUCUUCCUCCCCCUUUUUUUUUUUAUCCUUCCUUAUUCCUUCCUUUCCAUCCCUUCCUUCCCCGUGUCAUUUACUAUAUUCAUGCCUUAUGUCUGGGGAUCUGGUUUGCCAUGAAGCUUUUCUCUUUGUGGAAAUUUGUCUUUUAUUGUAUUGCAUUAGAUAUGUUUUGUAUCUCUUGAAAAAAAAAAUGUUGCUGCAGCAUUUUUUACAAUACAACUUUGCAGUAAGUACUCUUUGCACUAUGAACCAUUUCAGAUAAUGCAAAAUUAUGUUGCUUGCAUUGAAACCAAUAAAUACUGAAAGAAGUAGGACAUGAACUGACAAGCUGGCUAAGCAGUGACUUUUAAUAUGGAUACUUUUAAUAUAUGGCACUGCAAAAUGAGUAUGUUUUAGCAUUAUUUUUAAUACACUUUUUAAUGUUUAAAUUUUAUAUAUUUUUCAGAAUACAUUUCUAAACCUACAGACAUGCAACCCUUAGGACCUACUGUGGUUCUUGAUCCAGUUACAGGAACAGAAAUAAAUAUGGGUAUGAGAAGUCCCUACUUCUUUAAUUUAGUGUUUAUGAAACAAUCAUAAGUAACUUUUUUUUUUUUCCUCUUCUUUCUAAAUUCUAGAAUGUGUCAAAACAGGUGAAGACUAUGAUCACAGUGAUCCUCCCCAAAAAAUAUCUUUUUGCAAGAGCUUUCGCAAUCAAAUUUUUUCUACAGGAAAAUUGAUAGUUGGACCAUUACAGGAAAAAGGAUAUCAGUUUGUCUGCCUCCAUACAAUGGUGAGAGAUUAAUUGGAAUAUAGAAUUGUCAGACUACUUUGGUGACAUGUAAUGAACAUAUUUUGUAUAUUUGUUUGCACAAUCAAGAAAAUCAUUAUAAUGAAAGGGUACCUGAUGUUUAAAACUGUACUAGUUAAGUGGUAACCCUUACAAAAUAAAAAUAGUAUAUAUACCCACAAAGAAAAUAUGCGUAUAAUUUGUUUUGCUUGUUUUCAUUGGGAAAAAAAGAAAUGAAACUUUUGCCUUGCAGUAGCAACUGACCUUGUGUAUUAUUUAUUCUUUCUUUAUCUAACUUUAUGUAAUCUAACACAGGAGGCAGCUUUGUACUAGAAUGCAAUUAACAGAGCAGAAGAUAAGACCUUCUAAUACAUUCUCCUAAGAUUUUAAAAAUGAAACUUUCUUUUCUUUUUGUUUGCAAAGUGUGAAGAAAGGCUGUGUGUGUUUCAGCCAGGAGAGGUAUGCUGAGGUUGAUUGAUUGGAGCAGGGGAGGAGGGGGUGGAGAGGAGUUUCCUGGCACUGUGGAUUCCCCCAGCCCCUUCUGACACCUAGAGUCUGCCUUCGCUCCUUCCCUGCCGCCGGCGGGGGAGAUCUAUUGCGCAUGCGUGGUAUUAGCCGCGCUCACAUUAGGAUUUCCAGAUAGGAAAGCAUUUACAAUGUUUUCGCAUGGGAUUUUGUGUGAUGCUGGACGCAUAUGGAUGCAUAGCGUGAGGAUGUCCAUCGUCAGGCACCCAAAAGUCACCUGACAGUCUGGAAGUCCCUCUAGUGGCUGCCUGGUAGACAGCUGAUAGAGGUGGAGUUGACCCUGAAAGGUAAUUAUUGCAGUUUCUUGGGACACUGCACCCAGAUCACUUCAAUGAGCUGAAGUGGUCUGGGUGCCUAUAGUGUCCCUUUAGUUAGAAGUGCAAUACCCCUGGUUUGUUAGUGGGGAUUGAAUCAACCAAAUGAAAGGAAUUCAGCCGCAAUUUGGCUGUUUGUGAGUAGCCAAAUCAGCCAAGUUCUAGAGAUUCACGUGAUUCCAGCAGACAACUGCACUGGAGCAAAGGGAUAGUGGUUAUGUCUCUUACAGUGACCAUUUAAUAUUUUGUAUAGCUCAUAUGUAUAUAAUAUGUAAAAAGUCCAACAUGUGUACAAGUCAAGGACACUCUAAGCUCAAAAACCACCUUUGGUUUUUGUUCCUUAUAGGACAAUUUAGUAUGUAGCUCAUCCACUGUGUGUUUUCUAUUUAAUUAUUAAUAAUUUUGGUGCAGAGACCCUGUUCCUUUUUUUUCCCCAGACAGCGUAGCCAUAAAGCAUUACAGUUUCAUGGCAAUGUUUACAUUUGUUUGAAGCCACAUUUCUAGUUUCUGUUAGGUUAGUGAAUUAUCAUGUGAAUGUGUUUUUUUUCCCUUUUUGAUAUAUGUUGUAUUUUUGAACUUUUGCCUAUUUAAUACUUGGAUAUUUUUCUAACCAUUACAUCAUUUUUUUUUUUUUUUUUUUAGCUUUUUCACGUUAUUAAAGGUGAUGUAGAAGUAACAAUUCAUGUGACCAGUUACCAGCUGAAAUCUGGGGAUUCAUUUUUUGUACCACCUGGUAAGUAGAUUUUCAAGGCUAUUUGGGCCUUUCAUGCACCCCAGCAAAUCAACCUUGUCUGAAUCCAUUAAGAAAAUGUCAGAAUGAGUAGCACUAGCGCCAUAGAGAAACUAAGAAUCUGCAUUGUACUCACUCACUGCUUUGUGCCCUUCCCCUUACAAUUAUGGCUUAUUCUAGUGUUUAUGGCAUAAAUACUCUUUGGCUGCCAUCUCAUUGAGCUAUGCAAAACUGGUUUCUACCGGUUUCACAGAAAACUUGGCUUCCCUGGUAACUAAAGACUAACUAACUUCCCUAAUGUAAAAGUAAGCUUCUGCAUUAGCCUAUCAAACUUUGGUUAGCUAAGAUAGGAUGAAAGUGCAGUCAUAACCCACCCAUAGCACUGUCCAUCUAUCACUGCUAAUUAAAUAUAUAUUUAGUCAUGGUGGUACAUAGGAGAAAUAAAUUAACUCUUGCGGUUACUUCAUUCUGUUGUUUUCUUUAUGUUCAGUAGAAUGUUCAGUUGCAAGUACAAUGCACCUAUGCAGUGUAUGUUAUUGUCUUGGUUGUAUUUUGAUAUAUUUGUUAAAAUGAUUUAUUUUAAUGCAUUUUUUUUUUUUUUUUACCUGCAGGUAACCUAUACAAUAUAAAGAAUGUGUUGAAUGAAGAAGCAGUGCUGAUUUUCACACAGAUCAAGGGUCCCUCAAUGUUAGAGGAUUCGGAUUCUGAGUAG